AUGGCUUUCCAAUCACACAUUCAACUUUCUUGUCUCUCAAUUAUCACAUUUUACAUUCUUCUCGCAACUCCUUGUGCAACUGCACUAAACUUCACCCUGGACAAAAUCGAUCCCAAAAAUCUCAAUGUCGACAUAACCACCGACGGAGACGCUUACAUCUCCUCUCAAGGCAUCAACCUCGCGGCGGCUGAGAACGAUACCAACUUGCAGCAAAGAGCCGGCAAAGCCACCUACGUUGAACAACUUCACCUAUGGGACAAAGUUUCCGGCAACUUGACCGACUUCACCACCUAUUUCUCCUUUGUGAUUGAUUCGAAUGGAAGUUCAAGUUUCGGAGAUGGGCUUGCAUUCUUCCUUGCUCCUUCCGGUUCCAGCACCACCGCCGGCGGUGCCAUUGGGCUUCCAAUCCACCCCCAGACUUUGGAACCCACCAGCCCAUUUGUCGCGGACUCGCGGUAG